AGUGACGCUUCUGAGUUAACGACCGCGCACGGCCACCAAGGGGUUGGGGCACGUGCAGGGCAUUGUGGGAACAUAGUUAAGCUAGCACGUCGUCGGCUGGUGGGCUCCAGGCGUGGACUACCAUUCCCGUAGUGCUCUACGCGCAGCUCAGGCCCCUGGGAUUAGUAGUUUUAGCCGCGUAGAUGUGGGUCUGAACCGGAUGGCCGGGAACUCGGCUUCCCGGCGACCUGUUUGGCAGGGCGGGCCGCCUCGGGAAGAUGGUGGCGCGCGCGGCGUGUGGCUCCUGUCGUCUGGCCAAGUCUCAGCGCAGUGCACCGGCCGGCUUAUCGCUGGCCUGGAGCCCACACCCACCGGGUCCCUGACCCCGCGCCCCCUGCGCCCCCCGCGCCCCCCGCGCCCGGUUCCCAGCAUGCCUCGCUCCCGUAAGGGCAACACGCUCCGAAAGGGUGGUCAGCGCCGUGGAGGAGGUGCCCAGAGCAGUGCCCAAGCUGACUCAGGUUCCAGUGAGGAUGAGGCAGCCAGUGAGGCCCACAGCACCGCCAGUGAAUGCCCCAGCCUUCUCAGCACCACUGCAGAGGACAGCCUUGGUGAGAGGGGGGAUGUCGUGGAUGAGCAGAGCCAGCAAGAAGACCUUGAGGAAAAGCUGAAGGAGUAUGUGGACUGCCUCACAGACAAGAGUGCCAAGACCCGGCAGGGUGCUCUUGAGAGCCUGCGCCUGGCCCUGGCGUCCCGCCUACUCCCCGACGUCUUGCUGGAGCGCCGCCUCACACUAGCCGAUGCCCUGGAAAAGUGCCUCAAGAAAGGGAAGGGUGAGGAACAGGCCCUGGCGGCUGCUGUGCUAGGCCUGCUCUGCGUGCAGCUGGGCCCUGGACCCAAGGGUGAGGAGCUGUUCCACAGCCUACAGCCCCUGCUGGUCUCUGUGCUCAGUGACAGCACAGCUAGCCCUGCUGCCCAGCUCCACUGCGCUUCUGCUCUUGGCCUGGGCUGCUACGUGGCUGCCGCCGACAUCCAGGACCUGGUCUCUUGCCUUGCCUGCUUAGAAAGUAUUUUCAGCCAGUUCUAUGGCUUGGGCAGCUCUGCAACUCCUGUGGUCCCUGCCAGCCUGCACGGCCUACUCUGUGCUGCCCUGCAGGCCUGGGCAUUACUGCUCACCAUCUGCCCCAGCACCCACUUCAGCCACAUCCUUGACAGGCAGCUGCCCCGGCUGCCCCAGCUCUUGUCCAGUGAAAGUGUGAACCUGCGGAUUGCUGCUGGUGAAACCAUUGCCCUGCUCUUUGAGCUUGCCCGGGACCUUGAGGAGGAGUUUGUUUACAAGGACAUGGAGGCCCUCUGCAGUGUCCUGCGCACUCUGGCCACUGACAGCAACAAGUACCGUGCCAAGGCCGAUCGCCGGCGCCAGCGCUCUACUUUCCGCGCCGUGCUGCACUCCGUGGAGGGCGGUGAAUGCGAAGAAGAGACAGUGCGCUUUGGCUUUGAGGUGCUCUACAUGGACAGCUGGGCUCGGCACCGAAUCUAUGCUGCUUUCAAGGAAGUGCUGGGUUCGGGCAUGCACCACCACCUCCAGAACAAUGAGCUACUCCGUGACAUCUUUGGGCUGGGCCCUGUGCUGGUGCUGGAUGCUGCUGCCCUGAAGGCCUGCAAGGUUCCACGCUUCGAGAAGCACCUGUACAAUGCUGCCACCUUCAAAGCCCGGACGAAGGCUCGAAGCCGUGUGCGGGACAAGCGGGCAGACAUCCUGUGAAGCAGGACCAGCUGAAGAGGAGACUCUCCAUACCUUUGGUCCGUAUUUUUAACAGAAGACAGUGCGACAACUGGUCUCCACCAGUAUUUGUCACUUUAUUUUUUUAAUGAAAAAACCAAAAACAGACAUGGGGUGGGCAGCUGGGGGCCCAGACACUUGGGACCCUGGCUCCUUUGUCCCUGCAUUCAGCCCUGUGGCCUCUUCCUACCCUGUCUCAGGCCAGGCUAAAUAUGUGCCUGUCCCAGGGCUGUGGGGCAGGCACUAGGGGACCUUUCCCUUCCUUUUCUUUCUCAGGCCUUGCUCCCCUAGGAUGACCCACUCUUAGGUGGGUGGUGGCAUCUGGACAAAUGCCACCACAGCAGGUGGGGAGGCAAAGCUACUUGGAAUGGAUUUGUGUGCUGAUUUUUUUAAGUAUUAUUAGAGAUAUUAAACAGAAUGCUCAGCCUUC